CUUCACCUGGUGGUCUCAGUCGGAACUAUGCAUCAGCGCGAGAUCUCAUGUCUCCUUACGCUGCUUUGUUUGAUACCUGUUGUGUCAGGUACUUCGAUCUAUUCCAGGUAUAUGUACAGGCAUCGCUACACAGGCACGUGUACAGAGAAAGUGUGUGAUCUGGCGCACUUUAGUUACGACCGAGAUAAUUGUCAAGGUCCAAACUUUUGGGACCGUAUCACGCCUUGUUGGGGGAACUGCUCCUCUCUACUCCAGUCACCUAUCAACAUCAACACAGGGGAGACAAUCUACCGACCCUUUAGAGGUCUCAAGUUUUUAGAUCUUUGCGGGAGAAUUAGCGCCAAAAUCAGGAAUAACGGACAUUCUCCUCAUUUUAUGGCCGACGAUCGAACCCCCGUUAAACUUGGUAACGUUCCCUACAGUCGAAAUGCCGGCUUCGCAUUUCAUGAAGUUCACAUUCAUCUUGGCCAGUGGGAAUCAAGAGGCUCUGAACACUCAAUAGAUAAUCAGUUCUACCCAAUGGAGGCCCAUAUGGUGUUCUUUGAUGACCGCUAUGAAAAUAUCGAGGAAGCACAGGCUCACCGCGGGGGCUUAGCUGUUAUUGCAGUUAUGGUUGAGAUUGAAAAAGAUACUGAGUUCUCGCGGUCUAACGGGAACAUAUUUAAAAAUCCUUUCUUUUCGAGACGUCAAUAUCCAAGACUGAAAAGGCAAGCUGUCUGGUCCAGAAACUCAUGUGCUAACACCAGGGUGUGCAGAAAAAAGAGCGCCAACCGUCUGAGUAAGCUAACGGAAAAAUAUUAUACUAUCAUUAAAAGCCAUAGAGCGGAGAGAAACCAAGAAAUCAUUGAGAAUUCAUACGUUGAAGUUAAGGAAAAAAUUUCACUAAGUGAUGUUCUUCCCUAUGACUGGAGUUUUUACACCUAUCAGGGUUCUCUGACCACACCCCCUUGCUAUGAAACAGUCCAGUGGAUAGUUUUGAGAUGUCCAAUAGCUGUAUCUAGAAAAGCGUAUAAAUCACUCAGUACAGUCUCAGAUAUUCACGGAAAUAGUCUUAAGAAGUUUGGAAUCCGACGACCACUUCAGCGAGGGAUAAAAAACCACCCAAGAGUAGAGGUCGAGCGCAACUUCCGGUGCGGGUCUCAAGGCAACCGACGAAACGUCUGUCCCAUUGAUCCCGAUGGUUAUUCGGAAAUAAUUCAAUGAGAAUCAAAAGCUUUUUCACUGAUCUAAACUAUUUAAAUUCUUAAGCACUUGAACUGUGAUAUAAUUGAAUUGAAGACUACAGUGUACAGUGUACUUCAGUUCGGCUCAACAUAGCACUGAACUUUUGAAGUGCAACUUCUAUUUGUUUGUCAUACUAGCAGUGUUUCAACGCACUUUGAAAAAUUACGCACUUUGGAAAUAUUUUUUUCAAAAUCUGUUAAUUUAGGGACCAAGUCAACGCACUUUGAGAAAAAAUACUUUUAUUUCAAAUUGCGUUAAUAUCGUCGAUAUUAUUGCACUUUGAAAAAGACUGUCUUGGGUUUAUUCGAAUUACUUGAUAUAUUGGAUUAUAUGCAAUAAAUGGAUUUAACCUUGUAUAGCUCCAUGGGGUAUAUUAAUAGAAAACCCAAGGGAAUCUAAGCUAACUUGAUAUACAGCUUCUUAUUGCAAUAUUCGAUCUUUUCCAUUUGUAUUAUAUAAAUAUUCAUUUGUAUUGUAUAAUUUUCUAUUUGUAUUGUAUAAUUUUCCAUUUGUAUUCUAUAAUUUUUCAUUUGUAUUGUAUAAAUUUUAUUUGUAUUGUAUAAUUUUCAAUUUGUAUUCUAUAAUUUUCAAUUUGUAUUGUAUCCGAGGGAUUGUUUAUUUGUUUUGUUACGAAGGUUAUCAUUGGUUAAAAGUUUUAUACUGUAUUGUGGGAAAACCAGCGAGAUGUUCUGGAUGCUGAACGCAAACUGGUCCCCUUAACAUGACUUGUUUAAACACGUCACAGGCGUCGGAACCG